AUGAAUCGAUCCUCAUCCUCGGGCUCACGCGCCCGCCAAUCCUCGCAACAACCCACACCCCUCCGUCCCAGUUCCACGCGCCGCCCAUCCUCGCGCCCUAGCCAGACUUCACGCUCCACAUCCUUCGCGCCUUCUCUCCGACGGCGCACAACGGGCCAAUCGAUAUUAUCACUCGACAUCGACAAUGACGACCCCGAAGCCGCGGAAACAACACACGCCGACGCGGCCAUCGUCGAAGAGAUAGCCGAGAUAAAGCGAUACGAGGACUUUACAACUAUAGACUGGGUACAAGACGCCGCCCGCGAACAACUCCGACGGAAAGCGCGCCGGCGCGAAAGAGAUAACAUCGGUGUGCGCAAAGAUGGGCGGACGGGCAAAGUGUUCCUAGGUCGGGGACGGGGCAAGUGGAGGAGGAAGAUCGCAGAGGCAUAUGAUGCGGGCCAAGCAUGGAUUGUUGUCACGCUUGUCGGCGCAGCGAUAGGACUCAACGCAGCAUUUCUGAAUAUCGUGACAGAGUGGCUUAGCGAUAUCAAGCUGGGCCAUUGCACCACGGCUUUCUACCUCAACGAGAGUUUCUGCUGUUGGGGUGCUGAGGGAGGUUGCCCUGAGUGGAAGCGCUGGAGUGGGUUCUGGCCUGUGAACUAUGUACUUUACAUACUCUUCGCAGCGCUGUUCUCCUUCACGGCUGCCAGGCUGGUCAAGAGCUUUGCGCCGUAUGCAGCUGGAUCGGGGAUAUCGGAGAUGAAGUGCAUCAUUGCGGGGUUCGUCAUGAAAGGCUUCUUGGGCUUUACUACACUCUUCAUCAAGUCGAUUGGCUUGCCGCUUGCUAUUGCUUCGGGACUGUCGGUCGGCAAAGAAGGGCCUAGUGUGCAUUACGCUGUCUGCACGGGCAAUGUGAUCAGUAGGUUCUUCGACAAAUACAGAAGGAAUGCGGCCAAGACGAGGGAGAUACUGUGUGCGAGCGCAGCGGCUGGUGUAGGAGUGGCUUUUGGAAGUCCGAUCGGAGGCGUGCUUUUCUCGCUGGAGGAGAUGAGCAAUCAAUUUCCCCUCAAAACGCUAUGGAGGAGUUACUUCUGUGCGCUGGUCGCUACAGCUGUCCUUGCUGCUAUGAACCCUUUCCGGACCGGUCAGCUCGUCAUGUUUAACGUCUCCUACGACCGCUCUUGGCACUUUUUCGAAACCCUCUUCUAUAUCAUCAUUGGUGUCUUUGGUGGUCUCUACGGCGCUUUCGUCAUCAAGUGGAACCUCAAGAUGCAGGUAUUUCGCAAGAAGUACCUUUCUGCAUACCCCAUCACAGAAGCUGUCACUCUCGCUGUCAUCACCGGCGUGAUUUGCUACCCCAACAUGUUCUUGAGGAUUGAUAUGACUGAGAGUAUGGAGAUACUGUUUCAAGAGUGUGAGGGCGACAAGGACUACGAUCAGCUUUGUGACGCGAAUCAUCGCUGGCACAAUGUCACGACACUUGCUAUUGCCACAGUGUUACGUACGCUGUUGGUAGUCAUCUCGUUCGGGUGCAAAGUGCCGGCUGGUAUCUUUGUGCCUAGUAUGGCUAUUGGUGCAGCAUUCGGUCGUAUGGUCGGCAUCUGCGUCCAGGCUUUGCACGAGUCUUUCCCUGGCUCAGCCUUUUUCUCAGCUUGCGACCCAGAUGGACCAUGUAUUACGCCUGGCACCUACGCCUUCCUUGGUGCAGCAGCGGCAUUGAGUGGCAUAAUGCACAUCACCGUCAGCGUCGUGGUCAUCAUGUUCGAGAUCACUGGCGCAUUAACAUACAUUCUUCCCACUAUGAUAGUCGUCGGCGUCACGAAAGCGGUCAGCGAACGUUUCGGCCAUGGCGGAAUCGCAGACCGCAUGAUUUACUUAAACGGCUACCCAUUUCUCGACAGCAAAGAAGAACAUACGUUUGGUGUUCCAGUCAGUCAAGUCAUGGCCAGCCGCGUAGUCUGUCUACAGGCCUCAGGCAUGGAACUUCGACAAAUGGAACGUCUAAUGAACGAAAACGCAUACCAAGGCUACCCCAUCGUGGAAGACAUGAAGACAAAGACUCUAAUCGGUUAUAUCGGCCGCACGGAACUUCGUUAUGCGAUCGAUCGCGCGAAGAUCGAGCAACAGGCUCCAGGUCAUGCGAAGUGCUACUUCUCUUCAUCCUCGUCUACUAGCAACCCGGGGUCCCGAAGUGCAAGCGGCACUGGUCCACCAGCACCGAACACGACAUUUGACUCUAUACCCACUACUUCGUCUCAAACAUCACUCGACUUCACCCGCUACAUCGAUCCAACGCCACUCUCAGUCCACCCUCGUCUUCCCCUCGAAACGGUCAUGGAGCUCUUCAAGAAGAUGGGCCCACGCGUGAUAUUGAUCGAAUACCGCGGCCGUCUGACUGGUCUCGUUACCAUCAAGGAUUGUCUCAAAUACCAAUUUAAAGUUGAGGCAGGAGGUGCACAUGGUGGUGGAGCAGGCAAUGGCGAGGAGGGCAUGGAGAAGUUGGCGAGUUGGGGGAAGGCUGUGGUCAAUUGGGGGAGAAGGAAGGUUGGGUUGAAGGAGGUGGGAGAGGUUAGGCUAGCAAGUCCUACCACUGCGACUGCCAGGGAUGGGCGAGAUGAGAGACGGGGGAGUGGCCAUGAUGAAAGAGGGGAUGGAGCAUUUGCGGUGGGGGACGACGAUGACGAUGAUACCGGAGACGGUAGAAGAAGUACGGAUGUGGAGCUGGAAGACCGAAGUAGAGAUAGAUAG